AAAUAGCUUUAAAAAUUUUUUUAAAUUAAAUAUUUAAUUUUUUCAGGGCUACUGGUCCCCAGGAUAUGGAAAGUAUGGUCGAAGAAAACGGAUCAGCCGUUGACCCAUUGUCGCCGGAUUCCCACAGCGGUGAUUCGGCACCAGCAAUCGCUACCUCGGUACAAUCCUUGAGCAGAUCUCAACUGCAAACUCAUCACCUGGUAGCCUCCACCAGCAUUGUGCAACUUACGUUACCUACGUCGGGGACGACGCAGGUACAAUCAGUUAUCCAACCAAAUCAUCAAUCUGUGAUCCAGAGUGCUACAAAUAUACAACCUGUAGCUAUUUCAAAAGGAAAUGUUAUACUUGUCAGUAAACCUAAUUCUGUUAUACAAUCAGCGCAAGGAAGUUUGCAAGCUUUACAGGUCGUUGAAACAGCGAGUGAUGAAAGUUGUUCAGAUGACGAAUCACCUAAAAAACGACGAGAUUUACUCACAAGACGUGCUUCAUAUCGUAAAAUCCUAAAUGAUUUAAGCGCGAGUGAAAUAGCCGCGGGUCCUUUGCCUCCCCUUGAAUCCUCUCUAGAGUGUGACUCUAAUGUGGACAGUGACAUGUCUUCUCAUUCACUACAAUACCAAACAGUAAUACCGGCGGGAACAAUACAAAUAGCUACCCAGGGGGAGGGUGUGCCAGGGCUUCAUACGCUGACAAUGAGCAAUGCAACAACGGCAGGAGGUACAAUAGUGCAGUAUGCACAGGGCCAGGAUACACAAUUUUUUGUCCCAGGUGUUACAUCUGUCUGCAAUGUUACAGACUACACAGGCCACGGAGUCGUUGUUGAAGACGCAGCCAGAAAGCGUGAGAUGAGGUUGCAGAAGAAUAGAGAAGCAGCGCGUGAAUGUCGAAGAAAAAAAAAGGAAUAUAUUAAGUGUCUGGAAAAUAGAGUAGCUGUAUUAGAAAACAGAAACCAAACGCUCAUUGAUGAGCUUAAAACACUAAAAGAAUUGUAUCAGCAUCAGCAAAAAGCCGAAUGAGAUUCGAAAUUUGUAAUUAUUAUUUUACGGGUGUCUUUAAGCAGACCAAUGAACAAUCUUAUGCAGCGUGUAUAAAUGAUUAUUUAUGAUUCUCAAUUCUACUAUGAGGUGAUUUGUUUUCAUCUUCAAUAAAAA